AUGAAUGAAUCGUUUUCCGUGCAAGCUCCAGAAUCUUCAACGAUGAGAAGUUCUCGCCGCCUACGCCAUAAACGAAGUAAGAUAGAACAUGAGAGAAAUCUGAUACAAGAGUUAAAUAAUCAAAACGAUAAAUUAGAAGAAGAUAUUUUGCUAAUAGAAAACGAAAUAGAGAGUAUGAAAGUAAAAAUAUUUCAAAAGAAGGCAAAAGUUUCUGAAAUUAAAGCAGAAAUAAGAAAAUAUACUAGCAAUCAAAACGAAAUGAUGUCAUAUAAUUUCACAGAAACGUUUAAUGAUGAGACUACAACAAAUGCUUUAACUGCCUUAAAAGGUAGAGUAGGAGUUCUCCAAAAAAAUAAUAAAGAUAUGGAAACAGAAACAGGAAUUAUUCAAAUUCUGAUUAGUGGAGAUAAAGGAGCUAAUGAAUCAGCUAAAAAGUUCAUCGAAGAGAAGAAAGAAGAACUUAACGAAUUGAAGAAAAAAAUUAAAAAGGCAACAAAAUCUGACAAACUUAAUUCUCGUACCGGUGACAUACAUAGCGAGGUAUUGGCAAAUGCAGAUCUCAUUAGUGACACUGAUAGCGCGAGUGAUAUUGCUUUUUAUAAUUCAAUACAGAAAUACGCUGAACCUCAAGAUAUUGGUGCUAGGUUAUACACACUUGAGCGUAAAAAACGAGAUUUUUCAGAUAAAUUAAGAUUGACUCAAAAAAUUUCUUUUUCUGUUAUUCCAGAUCAGAGCAAACCUGAUAACUCCGAAGAUGAAGAUAAUGAAUUAGAAAAUCUCAAUCAACAAAUAAGAGAAAAGACUCUUGAAAGAGAUAAUUUAAUUUAUUUGAACCAAGAAAAAGAUAAACAAAUCAGAGAAGCCAUAGAAAAAGUUGAUGAAUUACAAGUAACUUUAUCAGAUGCUGAAGAAAAACGCAAUAAAACAUUUGAAAAAACUGAAUUGGAGCAAAUAAAAAUAGAAAAAGCUUAUGUUCAAUUGACUGCAGCACAAAUGAAGAGAGAUCAAACAUUUGGUAAAGUUGAGGAUCUCGAAUUAAAGAAGGCAAUGCUACAAAACAUGUUAAAUGAGAUGAAUUACCUUCCAGAUAAUGGUUCGAAACAGAUUUUGCAAAGGAUUGACCUUUAUGAUAGAAGAUGCAAUCAAAUAAGCGAAAAAAUAAAGGCUGCACAAGAAGAAAUUCAAAAAAGAAGACAAGAUAUCAUCGAGAUUCGCAAACGCAGAGAUACAUUAAAUGCUGCGAAAUUGGAAUUGCUCAAACUCCGCAGAAAAUAUAUGAGAUCCAAAAUGAUUGAAAUGUCGGAUGCUUUAAAUAGAUCAACAAAUCCUGGUUACACUCAAUCUGAUGUUGAUACGACAAAUUCAUUGGAAUCAAGAGUUGAAUCUAGAGAAAGAAGACUCACUGAAUUGCAAGAGGAGUGUGAUUUCUUAGAAUUGACCAGACAGUUGUAUGCUUCGCAAUUAUCUUUAAUUAAUAAUCGACAAUAA